AUGCAGCGGUGCCUCCCUGGGUCGGCUACAAUGAGGAGGAGACAAUCCAGCAGCAGAUCCUCGCUUUGUCCGCUGACAAGAGGAACUUCCUGCGCGACCCUCCCGCUGGAGUUCAGUUCCACUUCGAGAUGGAGCAGAUGUAUCCCAUGGCUGCAGUGAUGCUGGAGGAAGACCAGCUGCUCAACCGCAUGCGCUUCGACCUGGUGCCUAAACAUGUGAAGGAGGAGGCUUUCUGGAGGAAUUAUUUCUACCGGGUGUCUCUGGUUAAACAGUCGGCCCAGCUCACAGCGCUGGCAGCGCAGCAGCAGCAGAAGGACAGUGAGGACCGAGGGGCCGGGGUCUCACCUGAGGACGUCGUCUUAACAGACAACGCCAGACCAAAAACUCCACCAGUUUCCAUCAAAAACACACAGGAGCCAGCACACGAGGAAGAGGAGGAGAUGUCGAUGAGUCCCGGGGUGUCCGAGUUUGUGAGCGACGCUUUCGACUCGACAGGCAUCGACCAGGAGGAUCUGCGGAAAGAGAUGGAGCAGCUGGUGCUGGACAAGAAGGACAGCCCCCAGUCCCUCGAUGAAGAGACAGCGGACUGGGAGAAGGAGCUGCAGCAGGAGCUCCAGGAGUACGAGGUGGUGUCGGAGUCAGAAAACAGAGACGAGCAGUGGGAUCAGGAGAUCGAGAAGAUGCUCCAGGCCGACGAAAGCUAGACCAACCCCACGAGUCUGUGUCCUGUUCGGUGGUCUGGCCAGCAAUGGAGGAAUAAGUGACCAUUGCUGCACGGGGGGGGAUGAACUUCUACAAUGUGCUCCAGCCAACUGUGAUUACUAUGUUGUAAACAUCCUUUUCCAGCUAAUGAAGGUGUAGAUCCUAUAAAGUGCAAGAGAGUGUCACCUCUGCAGGAAACAGUGCAGGCAUUCGUAGUAAGUGCUUCUUCACUUCUCCUUCCUACCUUACUUUUAUCUACUCACUUUCCUCAACUUUCCUUUUUUUUUGUCAAGGGAAAGCCGCUAGAGGGCGCUCCAGUACAACAUUUCUAUAAUGGAGGUUGCUUAAAAAGACAAAACGUGUAUUUCGAUUUCCACAGCGUCUUUCUGGGUGGGUUGUACAGCAAGGUCUUGGUAGAGUUAUAGUACAGUAAAGUCAAAUGUAAAGUUACAUUUAUGUAAAUAUAGAGGAUUCUAAUACUAUAGUCAAGAUGCAUUCCCCACCAUUACAUCUGCUUAUUUUACAUUUUGUAUGGCAUACUCCUGUGUGUACGUCUGCUUUUCUUUGUUUCUCUACAACUGAAAUACUGUACGUGUAUUAAAUGUCAUCCUUUAAUAAACUUAAAUCUAUUAUUAUGAAAUAAAUGGAGUAUUCAAAUGUACUUUUUACUGUCACACAUCUACACAGCACAACACACAGUGUCAUUUAGACUGCAUUUAACCUAAUGUAGUCUUAAAAGCCGGGGAGCAAUCUCCCCCUUCAGGUGUAUUCAUUGGCUCAAUGUAAUGUUGUAAUGUUGAGACAUACCACAAAGCUAAAGGCUACAAACCUUUCACACUACCACUUCCUCAUUUCCUGUCUGCUCUUUGAUAGUAGAAUGUAAUACAAUCUGAAACCAUAACAAUAAGUCAAAAAAAACAUCGCUGUUAUAGGCUUGACAUCGAGUAGUGUAAUCAUGACAACGCAACCACGACAAAGCUACGGCCGUGUUUAUGUUUAAUGUCCCUACCUAGCCACUGGUUAGCUAUGACUUUCUCAAAAUCUCUUAUGCUUGAGUUAACCCCAGACUUGAUUCAGUCAUCUAACCAAAACCCAUCAAAACGAUUGAUUUCGAGACAAGACUUGAAUUUAGGACUCAUUCCUGCAAUACACUAUUCAAAUCUGGCUGGGGCUUUCUUGCAAUUUCCUGUCUGCUCUUUGCUAUGUAUGAUGUAAUAUAGUAUAUGUUUGAAAAAAUGUAAUAAAAACAUUAUUGUUUAUCUUC